GAUGAUCUAAAGUGCUGCUUUCUGUUCUGAUGACAGAGCAGGUUACCUUCACAAAGACUUGAGGUCAAUCAGAGAAUCAAACACAAUGCGCCAUGAAAUGGCCUCAUUUUAAUGUAGAUUAGCUGUCAAAUGACCUUCUUCGGUGUAUUGUAUUUGUAAACCACCAAUUGCAAAUGUUCUUCAUUAAGUUUUAUAACAUCACAACUUAACUUCACAAUCAAAUCUUCUGUAAUAUGUAAUUCCUUGUUUGUUGAACUAUUUUAUAACUGCUGAAUUGUCAGUUACAUCCAUUAUUAACGAAUAUUUUGACCAAAUAAAGAGCGACCUAGUUUCUUGAUUUCCUGAAUAUUCAUACAUCAUCGUUGCUUGAUCGAUUAUUGACUACAAGUUGUUAGUAUUACCUCGGUUUCUAUUUGAGUAUUACUUGAAGUAUGUCGUUAGUAAGAUCGAACGAAGAAGAGGCUGAGCAUAAUGGCAAUGAACAGCACCAGCUGUCAGUUUCAGUCAAGGGAAAAGUGAUCACGCGUCGCAGGGCCAUUUUUGCACAUUUGAUUUUCACCAGUAUCAACUUCCUCAAUUACACAGACAGGUACACGAUAGCAGGAGUACUUUCUGACAUUCAGGACUAUUUCAAAAUCAACGACACUCAGGGGGGACUAAUCCAGACAGUGUUCAUUCUAGUCUACAUGUGCUGUGCACCCCUGUUUGGUUACCUGGGGGACAGGUUCACCCGCAAGUACAUCCUCAUAGGGGGCAUCCUCGCCUGGUCUUUCUUCACUCUGAUGGGCUCAUUUGUGGGGCCGCAUCACUUCUGGCUAUUCCUCAUGUUGAGGGGACUAGUGGGAGUUGGAGAGUCAAGCUAUAUCACAGUAUCGCCAGCUCUGAUUGGCGACUUAUUUUCCGAGUCAGAAAGAAUGGUCGCUCUAUCUGUAUUCUCAUUCGCUGCUCCAUUUGGAGCCGGCUUCGGUUACAUUCUUGGGUCACUCACAACUUCAAUUGCGAAGGAUGCCGGUGCCGACCAUGACAGUGCCUGGCAAUGGUCUUUACGGGUCACUCCCACUCUAGGCGUAAUCGCAGUUAUCUUGGCGGCGUUUUUCGUUCCGGAACCAGCGAGGGGUGCCCGGGAGGCUUCGAAUGAUAACGGGCUGGAAAUAAAAGUGGAGACUUCGCUCAAAGACGAUGUGAUGUACUUGUUCAAGAAUAAAACUGCAGUAGCUGUUACUGUGGCUUACACUUCAGUUACAUAUGUGUUGGGUUGUCUCUCAUUUUGGGCUCCGGUAUUCUUAGAAGAUGCAUAUCUAGCACAAGGCCAGAACCCGAGCAACACAGUCAUAUCAUUCGGCUUCGGUGCAGUCACGUGUGCGUGUGGUGUGAUAGGAGUAGCCUUAGGAGCGUUUGCCGCCAAAAUAUAUCUAAGAAGGAGGUCAAAUGCAGAACCACUUGUUGCUGCGUAUGGACUGAUAGCAGCAGGUCCUCUGGUCUUCAUGGUCGCUGUUAUCGUGGAAUAUUGUCCAGCUGCUAUUUGGCCGUUUGUGAUAUUGGGCGAAAUCGCACUGUGUUUGAACUGGGCGCUUGUUCCGAAGAUUUUGAUCGACUGUGUUGUGCCGAAUAGAAGAGCACUUGCAUCCGGUAUCUCCAUGGGUGUCACCCACCUGUUUGGAGAUGCAUACAGUCCCUUCUUCGUGGGACUAUUAGCUGACGUCACUUAUGGCAACAGUUCCCACUACAACCAGUUCAAAGGACUGCAACUGGGCGUGCUCACUUGUCCCAUCGCGUGUGUCAUAGGAGCCGCCGCCUUCUUUGUUUGUGCAAUUGUAUACGACGAGGACCACACGAAAACCGCCGAGAUUGUGGCCGAAGCGAGACGAGCAAGACUAGAAAGGGGUCGAGGGGGCGGCAGGCCGGGCGUGAAUUCAGGGGGCACUCUAGCCGAACACGCGGCUGUGCUAGAAGGUGGCAUGGCAGAAGAUACAGACCCUUUGAUUUAAGUUGACGAGACUUAGAUUACGAAAAUGUUCUUGUAUAGGAGUUAGCGUAACGAGUUUGCUGAUCGUAACGUUUCAGCAGGUUUUUCGUAACGUUUCAGCUGAUCGUAACGUUUCAGCAGAAGAAUAAUUCAUUCAAGUCAAAAUAAAUUGAUAUAACUAAAUAAAUUAAAGGACUUUGUUUCAAAAAGAUUUUGUGGAAACAUUUUAUGGUACGGUACAAUGGGAUGUUACGGGUUUUUACAAUAAGUAUGUAUGACUGUCUUUUGAUUUUAGCUUUAAGCGCCCAUAGGCAAGCUCGUUGCACGACUCCGUUUCAAAUCACCACCAAAUGAAAUUUGUGUAUUUUAUAAUGUUUCUGAAUAGUUUAGUGCCACUUUCAUUUAAAUCAACUCAAUUGUUUUCUGGUACAGAUUUCUAUCGAUUUUGUGAUUCCGUCUUAUAUGUAGAAUAGAGUGUAAAAAGUAGUUAUAUAAGCUAAACAGUUUGUUUCAAAGCAAGUAAGUGCGAGUGCUCAUUCCAAUCAGACUGAGGAGUUAAUUUAAUCGAUACAAUGA